AUGUCUGACCAACGCGUAUUCUCUAGAUACAAAGCAAGUGAAAUCAAAUCUGAUUUACAACAUGUAGAUUUGAAAAGAGCUAAGGUAAGUGGCAUGAGAAGAAAAUUGGCCCUUAAAAAAAUUAUAGCUAAUUUAAUGUUAGGUAAUUAUACAGAAAUGAUCCAAUUGUUUCCUGAAAUACUUAAGUUUUGGAAAAUCGAAGAUGAUUUUGAAGUUAGAAAAAUUUGUCAUGAAUAUGUAAGAACAUUUGGUUCUAUCAAGCCAAGAAGUAUGGUUGAAGCACUUUCCUAUAUAAUGGAUGAUUUGAAGGGUCAUGAUGAAACUAUUCAACUAUUAGCGUUAGAAACAUUGAUCAGUGUUCCAUUAACUAAAUUUACAGAUGAGGCGUUUAAUUUUAUUAUUAGUCUUGUUAAUCGUCGAUCUGUUUCUAUAAGGUUAUUAGAAGCUGCUAUUUAUUCGUUAUUACAACUGAAUGAUUUUGACCAUGAAAGAGUAAUGAGUUUAACACAUAUUCUAUAUGACAUUAUAGAGCAACAUCUGGAAUCACCUAGUGUCCAGAUAGCUGCAUUAAAGACACUGUACUCUUUAUUAGACAAUGAAAAGAAUGUGGACAGAUUAAGUUUAUCCAUCGAUGUUGCAUAUAACUUAUUGGAUAAUAUUCCAUCAUUAAAUGAAUGGGAUAUUGCUUUUGUGUUGGAGUGCUUAGUUACAACAGUAGUUCCAAAUACAUAUUCUGAUGCCUAUGCCUUAAUUGACACUGUACUACCACAGUUGCAACAUGUAAAUACCUCAGUCGCUUUAAACGCUUUAAAAUUUAUCUUAUAUUUAAUAAAUUAUGUUGAUGAAGUGGAUGUAGCUCUAACAAUAAGAUUAUCUAAUUCUGUUACCGCCCUUUUGGAAAAACCAUCGGAAUUACAGUUUUUAAUACUUAGAAAUAUUAUUUUACUUUUAUUGUCCAGAGAAAAACCAAUUAUUGACGUUGAUGUUUCUUAUUUUUUUAUUGAGUUUAACGAUCCAAUCUAUAUCAAAGAUACAAAGUUGGAAUGUCUCUAUUUAUUAGCAAAUGAAAUCAAUUUACCCCAAAUUUUGGAAGAAUUAGAACAAUAUUCUACUGAUAUUGAUAUCCAAAUGUCACGAAAAGCAGUAAGAGCAAUUGGUAAUUUAGCUGUGAAAUUAGGAGAAAAAGCAGCUGAUAAUUGUAUUAUAACAUUAUUUCAUCUGAUUGAAUUUGGUGUAGAAUACGUAGUUCAAGAAAUCAUAGCUGUAUUCAGAAACAUUUUAAGAAAAUAUCCACAUAGAUAUGAAAAAGAAGUUAUCACACUUAUGCAUUAUAUAGAAUAUGUUCAAGAACCAGAAGUUAAAAAUGCUAUUAUAUGGAUUAUUUCAAAUUAUUCAGAUGUCUUGGAUAACUACAUUGAAUUAUUUGAGAAUAUAGUCUCUAAUGUUAAAGACGAACAAUUAGAAGUACAAUUUGCUAUUUUAAAUGCUUCAGUAAAAUUAUAUGUAAAAACAUCAUUAUCACGGAUAGAGAAUUUGUGUCAACUAUUAUUCAACUUUUUUAUUGAAAAAACUAAUAAUCCCGAUUUGAGAAGUAGAGCAUUAAUGUAUUCAAGAUUGCUCUCCAUGGCUAAACAAAGGCCUGACAUCAUUAACCAAAAAACAUUAAAGGAUCUUUUAAAUGGAGAAAUACCAAUUAUAGAAAUAAAUUCAAAACUUGACCCUGUAAUCUUAGAAGAAUUGGAGUUAAAUAUAGGUACAGUUACCUCUAUUUAUUUAAAACCAACAGUACAAAUUUUCAAAGAGAGUAAAAUAAAAACUUUACCUAAAAGUCCAAUAUUACAUCUGGAUAAGAAUACUUUGCAAAUUACUCAGAAUAACAGUAUGUUAAAUGAUGCACAUAAGGAAGUAAAUGGUAAUAUGACAAUUUCUUCAACAGAAACAAAUAAUAGAAACCUUUCACACAAUGUCACAAUGGGAGACUAUGAUAGACCAGCUCAAAAAGUUAAUCAAUUAAAAAGUAGAAGGAAAUCCAGUGUGAAUUUAAAUAGUCCUAUAAAAAAUAUCAGCAGAAAACCAUCAAUGUUGAUUAGAAAGCUAUCACUUAAAAGAAAUGAUUAG